AGGGCUCUCGACUACUAGUAAUAAACAAGGCUGAGGCCGUUAUCUUCCCGCGAAACCUCCAACUCACUCCUUGCAUAAUUUCUCACUCUUUUGAUAAUCAAUGGCGUCAAUUUCAGCGUUUGGAUCCCUACCGCAAUCCCUGACGUUAUCUGUUACUAAAGCUCCAACUUUGAGAUGCUGCCGACCAACUACUUCUGUAUCUCUUCAUGAAACUCAGAUACCCAAUUCAAGUUUAUGCGGUAAUGGUAACCCUACGGCUUAUGGGGAACUCACUGAGCGAAGGAAAGUUGUGCUCUCAACUAUUGGAAUACUUGCAGGAUACUGGUGGAAUGCUUCAAUCGAUGGGAUAGCCAUGGCAUCUGAAUUUGCUGACAUGCCUGCACUGAGGGGGAAGGACUAUGGCAAGAGUAAAAUGCGGUAUCCAGACUACACAGAGACAGAAUCAGGUCUUCAGUAUAAGGACUUGCGAGCAGGAAAUGGCCCCUCACCGAAGAUGGGAGAGACUGUAGUGGUUGAUUGGGAUGGUUACACCAUAGGAUACUAUGGCCGCAUAUUUGAAGCCCGAAAUAAGACAAAGGGUGGUUCCUUUGAGGGUGAUGACAAGGACUUCUUCAAAUUUAGAGUAGGAUCUCAUGAGGUGAUACCAGCAUUUGAGGAAGCUGUUUCAGGCAUGUCUCUGGGUGGCAUUAGAAGGAUCAUAGUGCCGCCGGAACUGGGAUAUCCCGAGAAUGAUUUCAACAAGAGUGGCCCAAGACCAACAACAUUUUCGGGCCAACGAGCUUUGGAUUUUGUACUGAGGAACCAAGGGCUGAUAGACAAGACUCUUUUGUUUGAUAUUGAACUCCUGAAAAUCACAUCGAACUGAUGAUACCUGUCAAGGUCAGCAUGUGUUAGUGUUACGGACACUACCACCUGAAACAUUGAGGGAACUGAAAGAUUAUGCCAGAGAGACAUAAAGCAUCAUCAUCUUGAUCAACGUGAAAGAUUAUUUCCAAGAAGAUAGAGAGAUCUGUUUUUAUUGUUUAUUUUUAUAGCUUCCAUAAGUUUUGCUAUCACUGGUCCUUGCGAGCGAAGUGCGAAGAAUAUAACAAAAGUUACUGUAAUGCGAGCCUGUUUAAGUAGAAAUUUUGUUUUACUAUAUAAUUGUAUUAGUAUUAUAUCAUUGUUAAUAACUUAAAUUAUAUCUCAAUGGAGUGGUAAUGAUUCAAUGAAUCAACAUUCU